AUGACAAUGGCAACAACCGCAAUGAAUGUUAGCGUACCUCCACCAGAUGAAGAAGAACAGUUACUAGCCAAAUUUGUAUUCGGUGAUACAACAGAUUUACAAGAAAAUCUCGCUAAAUUUAAUGCCGAUUUCAUUUUCAAUGAACAAGAAAUGGAUGUUGAAGACCAGGAGGAUGAGGGAUCUGAAUCAGAUAACAGUGAAGAAGAUGAAGCGCAGAACGGUGAAUUAGACCAUGUUAACAACGAUCAGUUAUUUUUUGUGGACGAUGGUGGUAACGAAGAUAGUCAAGAUAAGAAUGAAGAUACCAUGGACGUGGAUGACGAAGAUGACUCUUCAAGCGAUGAUUAUUCUGAGGACUCUGAAGAAGCUGCUUGGAUAGAUUCGGAUGAUGAAAAAAUUAAAGUGCCUAUUCUUGUUACCAAUAAGACAAAGAAAUUAAGAACCUCCUAUAACGAGUCCAAAAUCAACGGUGUUCAUUACAUCAACAGAUUGAGAUCUCAGUUUGAAAAGAUAUAUCCAAGGCCCAAAUGGGUGGACGAUGAAUCUGAUUCUGAAUUAGAUGACGAAGAAGACGAUGAAGAAGAAGGCUCUAAUAAUGUUAUUAAUGGAGAUAUUAAUGCUCUAACGAAGAUCCUGUCUACUACUUACAAUUAUAAAGACACUUUAUCGAAUUCCAAACUAUUACCCCCUAAGAAACUUGACAUUGUGCGUCUUAAAGAUGCAAAUGCAUCACACCCGUCUCAUUCCGCCAUACAAUCUCUUUCAUUCCAUCCUUCUAAGCCUCUACUGUUAACGGGUGGGUAUGAUAAGACCUUAAGAAUAUAUCAUAUUGACGGGAAAACGAACCAUCUAGUGACAAGUUUGCACCUGGUUGGGUCUCCAAUACAAACAUGUACUUUCUAUACUUCUCUAUCAAACCAAAAUCAACAAAAUAUAUUCACCGCCGGUAGAAGAAGAUAUAUGCAUUCCUGGGACUUAUCCUUAGAAAAUUUAACUCAUUCACAGACUGCCAAAAUCGAAAAAUUUUCCAGAUUGUAUGGACAUGAGUCCACUCAAAGAUCAUUUGAGAAUUUCAAAGUUGCACAUUUGCAGAAUUCACAAACAAAUUCUGUCCAUGGAAUUGUCCUUUUACAGGGUAAUAAUGGUUGGAUUAACAUUUUACAUUCCACUUCCGGACUAUGGUUAAUGGGCUGCAAGAUAGAAGGUGUGAUAACGGAUUUCUGUAUCGAUUAUCAACCUAUUUCACGUGGUAAGUUUAGGACCAUUUUAAUUGCUGUAAACGCGUAUGGUGAAGUGUGGGAAUUUGACUUGAAUAAGAAUGGCCAUGUUAUAAGAAGAUGGAAAGACCAAGGUGGCGUGGGUAUAACAAAAAUCCAAGUUGGUGGUGGGACAACAACUACUUGUCCGGCUCUUCAAAUAAGUAAGAUAAAGCAAAAUAGGUGGCUUGCGGUAGGUAGUGAGAGUGGAUUUGUUAAUCUUUACGAUAGAAAUAAUGCUAUGACCUCGUCGACCCCUACACCUGUCGCCGCCUUGGACCAGCUAACAACUACCAUUUCUAAUCUACAAUUUUCCCCUGAUGGUCAAAUACUGUGCAUGGCAUCCCGUGCAGUCAAGGAUGCUUUGAGACUAGUUCAUCUGCCUUCUUGUAGCGUGUUCAGCAACUGGCCUACCAGCGGGACGCCUUUGGGUAAAGUUACCAGUGUCGCAUUUUCGCCAUCUGGUGGGCUACUGGCCGUGGGUAACGAACAAGGUAAAGUGAGGCUCUGGAAAUUAAACCACUACUAA